AUGAGCUACCAAGGAGAGGGUGAGGGCCUAAAUUACGAAGUUGACCUAGACAAAUUAAUAGCACGACUAAGAGAAGGCAUCGAUAGACCCGGCGAACUCAUCCCCAUCGAACAGAUCGAAUGCAUUGCUUUGUGCUCUAUGGUGGCACCCAUUCUUGAGCGAGAACCAAUGCUGCUUGAAUUAGACGCUCCUCUCAAGGUUUGUGGUGACUUACAUGGGCAGUUCUAUGACCUACUAAGACUGUUGGAACUCUGUAAUCAUCCUCCACAGUCCAGAUAUCUUUUUCUUGGUGACUAUGUUGAUCGUGGACCACAGUCAAUAGAAAUACUGUGUCUCCUCUUUGCUUACAAAAUCAAGUAUCCAGAACAUGUCUACCUCCUUCGAGGCAACCACGAGAUUGGCUUGGUAAACAGAGUCUAUGGCUUUCGGGAGGAGAUCAGAAACCGUUAUGGGAAGACAAAAUUGCGGCAGACUUUUCUUCGGGUCUUUAAUGUUUUACCCAUUGCCGCAGUUGUUGAAAAGAGCAUAUUCUGUUGUCACGGUGGAAUUUCACCUUACUUUUUGCAGGACCACGUCUCCAAUCUAACCGAACUGUUAAAUUCAACCGCAAGACCGACAGACGUCCCACGAGAAGGCUUCCUCUGCGACCUUGUCUGGGCAGACCCGGCGGAUAUGCCUAUGAGUGGAGACGACCCAAUGGGUUGGCAACAGAGUCCCCGAGGUUGUUCAUGGCACUUUGGUUACGACGUAAUUGAUCAUUUUUUGGACAAAUUCGGUCUAGACUUGAUUGUUCGGGGACACCAGGUGGUCGAGGACGGUUAUGAAUUUUACCAUGAUCGAAAAUUAAUCACUGUUUUUUCUGCCCCAAAUUACUGCAAUCAAUUUGACAACGCGGGAGGUGUGUUCGUUAUUCGACGUGAAGAUAAAUCUCCCACGAUCCUAGAAGGUGGCUUUCAAGUCCUAAAGCCGGAUAAAAAUCGUAUCUGGAGUGUCUAUGGAAAGGACACCUCGGCAGAUGACGAAGACUAG